AUGGUGAAAGACACGGAAUACUAUGAUCUCCUGGGUAUCCAGCCAGAUGCUUCGGCUACCGAGAUCAAGAAGGCAUAUCGGAAAAAGGCCAUGCUGACACAUCCCGACAAACAUCCCGAUGACCCCGAGGCGCAGACUAAGUUUCAAGCGGUUGGCCAGGCUUACCAGGUCCUGAGUGAUCCCGAAUUGCGUUCACGCUAUGAUCAAUUUGGCAAGGAAGAUGCUAUUCCACAGCAAGGAUUUGAAGAUGCAGGUGAAUUUUUCGCCACAAUUUUCGGCGGAGAUGCCUUUCAGGACUGGAUUGGGGACUUCUCUUUCCUCAAAAAUCUGACUAAGGGUGCUGAGAUAAUGGGCGAAAAUGAAGAUAAUAGCGGAGAAGUGGCGGGUGCGAAUGCCUCUACUGAUGUGGUACAGCACGACGGGAAAUCGUCGAACUCAUCGAAACACUCUGAUAAACUAACAAAAGAACAACGCGGUAAGCUUAUUGAAAUGGAAAAUGAACGUAGAGCAGAGAAAAAGAAACAGGUGGAAGAGCUUACACGGAAGCUUGACGGCAAAAUGCAUCAAUACAUAGUAGGCGUCGAAAGCAAGAACUUGGAGGAUUUCGACCGUAAACUGAAUCAAGAAGUUGAGGACUUAAAGCUCGAGAGCUUCGGUUUGGAGCUGUUGCACCUACUAGCCAAAGUUUACAAAACCAAAGCCAAUAAUUUCCUGAUGUCGCAAAAGACUCGUGGAUUUAGUAAAAUAUUCACGGGUGUACGCGAUAAAACCAAGACGGCAAAGUCCGCCUGGGGCAUCCUGUCAUCCGCAAUGGAUGCUCAGACUGCGAUGGGCGAGUUGGAAAAGCUAGAUUUGGACUCAAUGGAUGACUACGAACGUGCAGAAGUGGAGAAGCUAAUCACCGGUAAGGUUCUGGGCACCGCUUGGGUUAUGUCUAAAUUUGAGGCUCAAGGCAAGGUGCGGGACGUUUGUGACAAAAUACUAGGCGACAAAAAUGUACCCACCAAGCAACGUCUUCUCAAGGCCAAAGGUUUGCUUCACAUUGCCGACAAGUUUGGUUCCGCGGAGAGAUCGCCGGAUGAAGCUGAAGACGCCCGAGUUUUCGAAGAAAUUAUCUUCGAGGCGCAAGGAAAGAAGAAAGCUAGUUUCAAGAAAAAAGACCAAACUGUUAAAGCUUAA